AUGUUCGAGCGUCGCGACAUCAGCUCCGUCGGCGCUCUCUUCCAGGAGUACUUCUCCAUUACCCCUGCCACCUGCGACAACGCAGGCGACUAUGUGGGGCGCAUGCAGGAGGUAGCCGGUCGCCUUGCCGCUCGCCAGGCUGCCCUUUCCGAGCCCCUGCAGAUUCAUCGUCUACUCUUCAACCUCAUGCCGGACUACGAGUCCCGCCUUCACGCCUUCACCGAGGCAAACCCCUUGGCUGGCCUCACCGAAGUGACUCAGUGGAUUAUUGACACGGAGGUCAAGCUCCGCACCCCCAUUGUCAACCUCACCACCACUCCUUCCUCCACCUCCCUCAAUGCCACGCAGCCGCGCAACCAGGGUGGUCGCAACGGCGGCGGAGGGGGUUGUGGAGGGGGCGGAGGUGGCAGUCUGGGUAGUGGCGGUGGUGGCGGUGGUGGCCGAGGUGGUGGUGGUGGUGGUGGUGGUGGUGGUGGUGGUGGUGGUGGUGGUGGUGGUGGUGGUGGUGGUGGUGGUGGUGGUGGUGGUGGUGGUGGUGGUGGUGGUGGUGGUGGUGGUGGUGGUGGUGGUGGUGGUGGUGGUCCUUGUGGCCCCACUCCUAGAGGUUCCUCUGGUGCCGGUGGAGCUCUGCAGCAGUUUCAGUAG